GGCGGCAUCAAAAGACGCUCGAUUGACCAAACGUAAAACUGUUUGUGCAAAUUUGUAGUUUUCAGCAACAAGUGCCGCGUUGAACACAAAAUGGGUGGCUGCCGGUGCACUUUUCGCGAGUGCGAAAAUGGUACCGCGUCCAGGAAGGAACUACAUUAUUUUCGCUACCCCACCCGUGACCCGGACCGGCUGAAGGAAUGGGUUCAGCUAGCGAAUCGUGCGGAGUUUUUAGACCUACCUAAGGACAAACUGAGCAAUAAGGUCGUCUGUCAGGAGCACUUUGAGCGCCGUAUGUUCAUGAACAGUCUGUGCGAUCGACUGACACGCUUGGCUGUACCCCGACUGAUGCCGCAAAGCGAUGGUAGCGUGCUGCAUCUGGAGACGGGGGAAAUCCAGUUGAACGAGGAUGGUAAUGAAACACUAGAACGGACAGGAAAUCCCUUGAAAUCAUAUACACCGAAGGUGCAAAGAGAACAAACUAAGCUUGAAACCGUUGGAACAUUGGAAAGUUGGCAACAGUUGUCACCGGAACCCGCACCGAAGAAGAUCAAAAUUCUUAACUCAGAAAUUAGAGUUCCGGGCAAGAGCGAUACACCUUGCAAGCUUAUACAGGUCAUGACCGCUCCCACCCAAAACGACCGACACAUUCAGGUGACGCGCGUUCACCGAUCAGCGUUCCAGCUAAAAUCGAAUUCUGCCAAAAUGAUACAUAAAAUUGAGCCCACAAGUGACAGCGACUCGCAUACAUAUCUCGAAAUACACAAUGGUAGCAUCGAUCCAGAUGAGCCACAAUCCGAGAAACGAUUCUCAACCAAUGCAGGCAAUGAUAAUGCUCUGUCAAGGUCCAUUGUUCGUGCGCCAGUACCAGCGCAAACGCCCGUGGUUGAUCCACUCCUUGCGGAAAAAAUGGAGCGAAACAGUAACGAAAUAAUAGAACUGAAGCGGAUGGUUCAGGAGCUGCUUGAUCGGCCCCCGCCCAAGCCUCAACCUAUAACCAUGGUCGCACCGCCCGCUGCGCCCCAGAAAGUGGUAAUGGCCAAGGGGCCUCAGCUCACCAAAGCACAACUGUUCAGCAGCAUCAAGCGAUAUCUAAAUCCGACCAUGGUCACGCUGCUUCGGAUGGAACUUUUUUCCGGUCCCUCGGAGCGCGAGUGGAAACCGGACGAAAAGAAUCUCGCAGUGGACCUGCUGAACAUUGGCGAGAACGUGUACGAUCACUUUACCGAGGAGUUCCGGUUCCGUUUACCGCCGAAAGCAAACGCCCAAGAGUGGAAAGCUACGGGAGAACUCGACGCGGAUGAUGCUUGUUGAUUAGAGUCGUGUAAUUCAUAUUCAGAUUCAUGAAUCUGAAUGUUUUUUUGCGUUGCAGAGAUAUUGAUUAAUCUUUUAAUGAGAGAUUAAUCAACCGAUGAAAAGUGAUGCAAAAAAAGGUGGAUAGAAGCACCCCCUUUUUAUUUUUUUUAUCGCAUGAUCCACGCCAACGAAUCAUGGAGAUUCGUGAAUGGUCCAUGAAAGAUUCAUAAACGUUCGAAAUAAACGGUUCGAAUUCCAAAAGAUUCAAUGAAUCUUAAAAAAUUAUUCAUAAUCCACAACACUAGUGUUGAUGGUUUUUUAGUUUAUUUUUAGUUUCAUUAUCGCUUCUAAUACGAAACUUAUGCGUUCGUCUCUUGAUACCCAAGUUGGUAAGAUUACCAACUAAUAACAUAAAGAUCAUGACAUUUUAAAAAUUUUACAUCGCAUCUUUUCCAUCAAUUUUUAUGUUUAUCAUUAUUAGAAGUAAGGUGAAAACGAAACACAAACGAACGAACGUUUCUAAAGUGUUACAACACGUUGUUCCACGCCGGAAUGAUUCUGCGUUUCGAAAGAAUUUCAAAACACUAGUAAAAACAUUAAACAGAUCUCCAAAGCGUAUCGAUUACCUUUCGUUAAGGUGAUUUCUCGGGACCGUUGUAUGUAAGGAACAAUAUCAGGCCCGUUAAGUAGCACUGGCUGGUUUCACCACAUUAUCAACCAUUAAUAACUGGCGGGCGUAUGACCUUAGUUGCCGGACCUUAACCCAUAGUGGUCUACAUCAACAGGUUAGCCUACGAAGGCCCAGGAAGCUGGAUUCAACAGCCGUACUGGUGUAAAUCCUCGUAGACUAAGAAGAAGAAGAUUAAUAGCUGGCGCUGUAAACCAACACAGUGCUAGUUGGGAAAUCUAAGAUGUACCUCUUUGUGAAAUUGAUGGCGACCGUUGGAUCCAGAUUUGGAAGCGAACGUUCUGGAGAGUAGUCCUCCAAUGCAUCCUCUCGUUAGAUGAUAUAUUUAUUAUCUUAAGAUACAUUCGUCCUUCUCAAACCUAUGCAGGGGUAAGUGGUGGUACUUAUCAUCAUAAAAAAAGGUGUUGGUUUUCAAAUUACACAUUAUUUUGAUUCACAAAAAAGAGUUGAAAUCAAUUAAGUUUGCCAAUUUUGCUACGUUUGUCACCGGAGCUACACCUAACUUCCACCGGCAUCCUACUUGUGUGAUGUCCUACUUGUGUCUUCUUCAAUACAAUAGUAUAAAAAAUAUGAAUAUCUGUUCUUAAUUUGAUUUCAUCUCAUUCAUAACAAUAACGACAGGAAUUGUACAGAGUUUAUAAACAAAUAGAAUAUGAAAUAGAUAUUAAUUUAAUUGUUAAGACAUGCCAUAACCGAGGUAGUAC